UCUAAUAUAAAUAAUAUAAUAUUGUAAUUUGUGACAUAAAAUUGUACGACAGAUAAUUCGGUUAAUAUGGUUAGAUGGAUUCUUGGGUUGCGCGUUCUGCUGUGUUUCAGUUCGACCAAUUUAAUCAGUAAUGUUGAUACAAGCGUGGUAGACGAGGAAUGUCCCACAAUGGCUGCGGCGUGUGUGGGAAAUUACUAUACCGAACUGCCGCUUGCUAGACGAUAUCCAGUCGAGGUUGGACACAUCACUAAGUUGUCACUGGAAAAUGAACAAAUUAGAGAGAUGAAGACUCUAAGCAUAAAACCACCAAUAUUUGAAAUUCGCAAUUAUAUGAGUCCGGAAGAAUGUGAUGAUAUUAUAAGGCUGGCAAAAGAACAAGGUCUACAAACAUCUGAGACAAUGGAUGAGGAUAUGUUUGAAGAUGAGCAGAAUUUUCAAGAAGCUGAUGGUGACGUUUUUGAAUAUUAUGAUUACAACAAAGAUAACUUCUUGGAUGUUGAUGAGGUUACGAACCUUUUAGAUACAGAAUUGGAUUUUUCUCCAGACAUGGAAGACGUCGUUGACAUGCUUGAGAGACUCGAUUUGGACAAAAAUGGUGAUUUGAAGCUUAGUGAGGACGAAUUCGAGAAGAAAGAUGUUGGACGAAUCAUUAGGUUUGUUUCCCUUACAAAGCGAAAGAAGCCUUACACAAAGAGCAGACACAGUGAACAAACCUGGUUGGACACAGACAGGAACAGCGAGAAAACGUUGCAGUCAUUACGUAAGAGACUUUGGAAACUGACUAAACUUCCCUUGAUGCUCCUAAACGCCAGUGAAAGCCUUCAGGUGGUAAGUUAUGGUCCAAGAGGACACUAUAAUUGCCACGUGGACAGCGAUGACAUUGACCCCAAAACGCGAUGUUGUCAUUUGGAUGACUACGGUUCGCCUGAUUGCCGUAUUUGUAGAUAUCUUACAGUUCUGUACUUCUUGAAUGACGUCGAAGAAGGAGGCGAAACUGCGUUUCCAAUCGCCGACAAUGAAACGUACGAUGAAGAUGUGUGGCAAAAAGACGUGAAGAGAAUGUGCAAUGUUGGUCGUAAUUGUCACAAGUCGAAUCUUCGAGUUAAGCCCGAGAAAGGUAAAGCAAUCCUGUGGUACAGUCAUGGGAUCGAUGACGCCACAGGGUGGUUGGGUGACUCUGAUCCUUACAGCGUCCAUGGUGGCUGUGAUGUGAAGAAAGGUAGAAAGUGGAUUGCAAACAAUUGGAUAUCUGUCAGCGAAAGCCGCAUCGACGACGUCCAAUUUUGGCUUCGAAAGAUGCAAAACGCAGAAAAUGCAGAAACAAAAUCGAAUGAUGGUAAAAACAGUGUGUUUGAUGAAGUUUUCCAGGACGUUGAAUCAGUUAAUACAAAAAAAGAAGAAGAAAUAAAUGGAAUUUUCGACAGUUUAGAACAUUCAGAUGUGGAAAGUACAAUCGAGACACCCAGACAGGAACUAUAAAUUUGUUUUGGAGUUGAAUAAUUCGCUAUUUAGGUUGAUUUAGUAGAAUGGACCGAGUUUGGGAGUAUUUUCACAAAGACUCGCUUUAGGCCUACGCGCUAGUAAAUAAUUAUUGUGAUGCGUAAUUCAUGUACAGCCAAUAGCAUUUUGAAAACCUUUUCCAUUUUGAAAACGCCAAAGCUCGAUCCCGUUUGUCACAAUUUAGUCAAAACGCAAAUCCAUGGUGUACUAAGGGUGCAUUUCCACUUGCAGAGAAAUAGUUUCCUAGCGAAAUAUUUGCAUACUUUCUUUUGAAUUUUAACGAAGAGAUAAAAAUCAGUUCAGCUUGACUGUUCUCAGUGAAAGAAGUUAUUCAAAUAUUUCGCUAACGAAUUAUUUCUCUGCGAGUGGAAAUCCAGCCUAAAUAUCAGGAAAAUUGGCACAUGUAGAUAUAAUUUAUU